AUGCAUGUGAAUGAAUACAUUAUCGAGCGGUACCGUGCGCUAGGCUACACAGACACCAAUAUUGCAGCUCUGACAUCGGCGCAGAUGGCUCUUCGCUUUCAGGUGCGCAGUAAAUUCAGCGCAUCUGCAUUUCCAUGGAUCCAGGAGUCGAUUGAGGAGACGCGUGAUUGGGAGUUGUAUUCCAUCUAUCAGGUCUGGCAAUGGGGGAAAUGGCAUAUUAACCGUGCUCUGCUGCUCGGGGAUGCCACACACGCACACCUCCAGAAUCAAGCUUGGCUUAAUGCAUUCUCCCACACAAACCGAUUUAGCUUCAGCAUCAUAAACCCAUACAUCCACCAAUACAAUGCAGAAUCCAAGCAUCCCACCGCUCUUGCCUUUGCUCCCAGCAGCUCCGAGUCUGACAGCAAUGAGGAGAUGGAGUCCACCAGCUCCAGCAGUGAGAGCGAAAGCGAGGAGGAGAAGCCUACCAAGAAGGAGGUGAAUCUUCUUCUUCUGAGUCCGAGUCGGAGUCUGACAGCGAUGAUGGAGAUGGACGACGCUUCCAGCGGCGAGAGUGAAAGUGAGAGCGAGGAUGAGAAGCCUGGAGGGACACCAGGAAGGAGUCUAAGAAGGUUGAAUUCAACCUCUUCCGAUUCUGAGUCCGAGUCCGGGACCGAGUCGGAGUCUGAAGAUGAGAAGGUCGUCAAGAAGGAAGUUAAGGCCAAGGCUGACACUUCCGAAUCCUCUGAGUCCGCCUCCUCUGAGUCCGAGUCCGAGUCCGAGUCCAACUCUGAGGGCAAGGAUGAGACGCCUGUUAAGGCUAAGAAGGCUGAGAAGGCUGAGAAGCUCUACUCCGACUCUUCCGAGUCCGAGUCUGAGUCUGAGAAGCCCUCCAAGAAGCGCAAGGCUAUGCCUCUCAGUUGCGCACUGGAAAGCAAACAAACACGAGUGAUCGAGCUUCCACCCGACGCGUAUGGUGCCGAUAUUGAACAGCACUGUUGCAAAUCGAUGACGCCACUGAACUAUGUCACUGGUCUGGGAAAGCUAGAAUUGAUCAAACUACUUGUUGACAAAGGUGCGAGCAUACACGUGGGGGAACAAAUUGGUCCCAGACCACGUCGUCCGUUGAGUGUCGCCUCCGCGCUCGUUGUGCGAACCUGUAGCUCCGGAAUGGCGGGCAAAGCCCUUGUUUGA